GUGUCGAAGAAUUCAAUAUGGUGGACGAAAUUAAAUUUCGGAGGACAUUAAAACUUGUUGUUUUUGGCGGAUCUGGGUUAACAGGCAGGGAAGUGGUGACACAGGCACUAGAUCGUGGCCAUAACGUCACAGCAAUAGUUAGAUCUCCGGAGAAAAUACAAGAACGGCAUCCCAAUUUAGAGCUAGUCAGAGGCGACGCUUGUGAAGUAGAGAGUUUUUCUGCUUCACUGAAGGGGAAGGAUGCUGUGAUUUCGUGUUUAGGAGUUUUUGCAAGUAUCUUCAACCCAACAACUUUUUAUUCGGAGUCCAUGUUUGCCAUUUUGGAGGGAAUGAAAAGGAAUGGAGUUAAAAGACUUGCAGUUAUGACAGCGUGGUGUACUCAACCAGGGCCAAAUAACCGUUGGUUGGCGGAUUGGAUAAUAAACCCACUGUUCCUUAGUGGAAUGAUAAAAGACAUGACUACCAUGGAGAAAAUGAUUGAGAAAACUGACCCCCAGGAGUUAAACUACACAAUUAUCAGACCUUGUGGAUUAACUAAUGGUAAACGGACUGGAAAGUAUAAAGUCGAAGAGGGACAAUGUAACACAGGCACAAAGAUUUGGAUGUCUCGCGCAGAUGUGGCGGAAUUCAUGCUAAACGUUUUGGACAGCGGCGAGUACGACAGGAAAGGAUUCGCCUUGGGUGGGUUAUAAAAUAGCAGAUGGAUAAUCAAGCAAAGUAUUCUUGUAAUCUAAUCUAGAGAUGUAUCUACAUAAGGUGCCAUAUCGAUGGUUGUAUCGAUUUACUCGAUACGAGAUCUGUUGGGGCAAUGUGUUUUAAAAGCGAAGAAGUGGGCAAUAUGCCAUAUGCAAACUCUGCAACAGCAGUAACAAAAACGAUAGCAACAUAUUUAUUCUUUUGCAUAAUAAGAUAAAAAUUAUAAGUUAGCCUGCAGUUAACAAAGGUAUUUUAAGUGGAAUGUGUAUCCUUUACGAGAAAUCUUCUUCGUUGAACUCAAGAGAACACUGCAAAAAUAGAAUUAAGGAAAAUUUUAAACGAUAAAUGUUAUAAAGAAGUCAAUUAAAGAAACUUGUCAGAAAAUAAAUGGUAAUAUUCGACAAUAAGUCGAUCACAGUGA